CUGUCCUUAAGACACAACUGCAUCGAGAGGAACAAGCAAUGCGCGAUAGCUUAUCUCAAGUACAGAGCUGAACAGAUCUUGAAGCUGAGGUGGGAGAGUGGCGCUUGUGAGAUCCCUGCAUACCUUCAGGAUCGACUGCACCAGAACGAAAUCGCGCUCGCGCAGCAGUACGACACUAUGCUCACCUCUUACAUGACCUCUCUUGGUCACAACCUCACGCUCGACCUUGAGCCUCCUAGUUCCACCAUGAUCACCGUCCGAGUCCUUGAAGAUUACGGUGAGUUCGUCACGAUGGACGGGACAGUCAACCUCACUCGCAACUCCACUCAUCACCUUCGACGAGCGGAGGUCCAGCAUCUGAUCCGACAGGUCGAGCCACCUCCACCCGCGCCAUGUCGCUGA